AUGGACCCCCCCGCUGCCAAGAAGCGCGCUCUCGACGGCGCGGAGGACGCGCAGCGCGUGGAAUCCAUAUGCGUCGAGAAAUUCUUCGACGCAAGGGAAAAGGAGGUCAUCACGCUUCAAGCUCUCUUGACCAAAGCUGGUCGAAAUAGCGACAACAGCCGAAAAAAAUUCUGUGCGUUUCAACUUCUUCCCCGCCACCUCCGUAGAAGGGCUAUGAGCCACAACCCCUACCUCGUCCCUUCCCCGCUCCGAGGUUUGGCACUCAAACAGAGCCGAGCCAACCAGCCCGGCUCCGCCAAGCAAGUCAGGCGCCGACGUUCUCGACGUUCGAAACGCAAGGCGUCGUGGCUCGAAACGCAUUUGUGGCACGCAAAAAGGUUCAAAAUGGGACGUCACGGAAAAUACGUCAUCCCGCUGAAAUCUUCCAGCCGUUCUAGAAGAGCUGCGUAUCGAGACUCAAAGAGCCAUUCUGUCAUAUGGGACAGCUCUUUCUUCCAGCUUCUCUCCGUUAGAGGAACCGAACAAAAUCUCGCGUCGCUCUUCUCGUCUCUCAAUGUCAAUUCGGAAGCCGUCCUCGCCAGCCACAAAUUUUAUCACCGCGUUGCUUUCUAUCGAAAAUCCACCAGCAAUUCCAAUUUGUGGGUCCCGAUCGCGCCUGUGUUUCUUCACGGACGCCGACUCCCAUCGCAAUGCCUGGAGUUCUGGAUCUGGGUGGACGCGCUGGCCCUCGAAGACGUCAAAGACGCCAUCCUUCAAAACGCGACCAACAUUGACUUAUCUGACUUCGUUGAACAGUGGAAUCGGUACGAACUCAUCGGACCUCAAUCCUCUCGCAUUCUCCAAAAGAUUCUGUCCCCUGUAUUGCCCGAAUCCGUCCAACUGUGGCAAAAACUCCUCUCCGGACGACCUUCUUCAGCGCCAAACAACGUCUGUCUAAUCUGCCAAGUCCGCGAUCCUCGACUUCUUUCCCCCUCCGACCCGCCACCCCCGUCGAACUCGGGCCUCCUGUCGCUCCAAGAGCUGUUCCAACACCCCCUCUGGCAACUCCACGACUCCGCCCCCACGUGGGACGUCGACCGACUGGCUCUAGAGGGCCUCUGUCGGCUCAAAGAGCACCAAAUCAACGCCCGAAACAAAACCAACCAAGACGUCCUCUCGAGCAGCUGCUGGACCGUCCUGGCCCGCCUACCUCCGGAAAACCGGGAACGCGUCCAAGACGCCUGGGUCCUUCACGUCCCCAAAACGUGGGGACUCGUCUUCUGGAAAUGCUGCGUCUUGAACGGCUGUCGACCAAUCGGCUACGACGAACGACUGGACCUGAUGCUCAGCUCGGACCAACUCCGAUUUCCCCACGACUACCCCGGCACCCCCGCUCACGAAGUGUACCAAAAAAACCUCGGAGAAAAAUUGAACAUGGCCUGGCUGUCAAAGCCACCCGCAAAACGCGUCAACUACGCCAAACUGUCUGUCUCGUCCCCCUUCACCUGUCCGUGGCACGAACUCGCCGGCCCAGCGUUCGAUGGCACGCUCUCUAUCACCAACACCAUACCCUCUCAACUGUACGGCACGAACACUCGAAAAAACCCCCUUCAACUCGUUUGCGCGCUUCUGCGACUGCCCAAAGGAGGCUCAGUCAUCACCUACAACGCAAGAGUCUACGACGACCAGGACCACCUGCUCGGCUUCGUCACCAGCGGCCACUACUCCUACGCCUGGGGCAUGGCCACCGCCAUCGCGUUCUGCAGAGCAGACCGAAUAAAAGACCUGUUUCGCGAAAAACAGACAACCGUCCUUGUAAAAAACGCAUCUUCGCAAUUCGCCCACUCCGCACACAUAACGCUCCACCCCUCCUCAACUCUCUCGAGCUGAAACGCCACGCUCCCCACCCGCUCCAAACGCCAACUCGAAUGAGCCCUUCGGCCUCGCCGCCCGAACAAACGACGCUCCCUCAAAAGACCGACAGCAACCAAGUCAACAAAAAUGUACCCUAAAACACAAACGGUCAACCCCCUCCAGAGCGUGCCAACUCCGAGGCCCCAAGCCGCGUCCGCCUCCUCCCAACCACGCAAAAACGCAGGGCCCGUCGCGCACGGCGCCCAACGCGCCUCUCCCACGACUCUCAACUUCGUCGAAAGAACGCCCGCCAGACGGGGAGCCCCCCCUGCGCCUCUCUCUCUUCCCCUGUACAAAGACACUCUCAACCGAAUGUAAACCACCGCUUGC